UCCCUCGGCAACCGCCCCACUCGCUUCGUACCCGCCGGGCGAGGCGGCCAUGAGGGCGGCCAACAGCCGGCAACCAGCGGGGGCGGCCGAGAAGGCGGACGGCGAUGGCCGCAGCGAGACGGCGGGAGGCGGGCAGCCCCGGAAGGACUUUCUGCAUGUUGAGCCAUGUAAGAGAGUUAAAGAGAUCGUUGAAGAAGAGCUCUGUUUUUGGAAAAACGAAUGCCACGCUAGACAUCCAGCUGCAGCGGCUCUGAAAGGAGUUUGGAACGUGAAAAAGAAUUUCUCCCUCGGAAGCCUGCAACCAGCAUCGCAGAACAGAAAUGAUUUACUUUUGCAACCUCAGAUCUACUCAAGGCAUGUAGGAAUGAAAAGUAAGAGUCAACAAUAAGAAUCUUUGCCUAUAACAACUCA